GGUAGAAAGUGAAACAAAGCUAUAAAUGUUCAUGUCAUCUUAUAAAAUCUCCAUGAGGAUUUAUUAGGAGCCAUCUUAUGAGUUUGUCUAUUUUUGUUUCAGUUUAAAUUCAAACUUUUUAAUAAAGACCGUUAAAAAUAUAUUAGACUGGCGACGGCAAGCGGUUUCGACAGAUCUCCAUUUCUGAAGAAUCUGUCAAUCGGGAUGACCGUCGGGAACCUCCCUUCGAAUCGCUUUUCCUGCUGAACUAACAACCAAUCGAGCGAGAAGGUCCAUAAAAUGAACUAAAUAAGGAGCAUCAAGUCCAGCCGCGCAGCAGCAGCAGCAGCAACAACAAGUCCGGCACCAUGUUAAAUGGUGGCCAUUUUGUGGAGGCCAUGGCUCGCCUGGGCUAUCCCAACGCAUCCUCACUGGAGGCCUCGGAGUUCGACUGGUUGUUCAACGGUGACCCGGAAAACCUUCACUUCUUACGUUUUGUCUGUCGGCGCCUCAACCGGAGCAAUGUUUUGGCCGCCGAUGAGGUGCAGGCUUUUCAGGACCUCCAGGAGUCCAAUAAGCCCAUCCUGGACGAAGCGGCCUUGGGCAAGGUCCUCAGAACCAUCGGACCGUCUGAAGAGCGUAGCGCAGCUGAGGAGGGUAUGACCAAAGAAGAUUUGGAAGAAGAACUUCAGGCGCUGUGUCGGGAGAAAGAGCUUAAGCGUCAGCGUUGCAAGAGGCUCCGGGCCGCGGCCGCUUCUCGCGCAGAUGUUGACCUUUGCCUCAGCGCCGAACUAGAGGGCGCCGCAUCCCAACUAUCGGAGGCCAACGCUUUUCUCCGAGCCGAGAACGCCACUACCAACGCUGCGCUACAAAGCCUCGCAGACGCCGCGGGCGAGCUGGCGUCGCAUCUCUGCGUUCAACCGGGAGCCACGAAAAGGAAAACACUCGUGCCUCUCCUUUCUCAGCUCUCUCUGGAUCCUUACCUGCGUCGAGAGGAGCGCAACACCAACACCUUCACUCGGAAGCACUUCCUCACUGAUCUCGUCGAGAACCCGUGCUCGGAGAACACCCAGGUGUCUGUUCUCGGGUCUUUUGACGGCAAAGAGGAAGAAGAGAAUCGAGAAAAGUGCGAUCAGGAGCAAACGAGGACGCAAUUGGUCAGACUUGAGCGCGCGCACAUCGUGGCUCAGCACCAGCUGAUGCGAGCCGCCGCAGAGGAGAAAAGCGUCAUGGCCGGGCUGGACUGGCUCGCCGAGAAGUCCGUGGGCGUCAAGAGCGUUGGCAUCUCGGCCUCUCUCGACGCGCGCGAGGUGUCGUCCGCGAAAGAAUUGCGCGACGUGGAGGCCGAGGUGGAAGCUCUGCUCCGCGGGCCGGCGGUCCUCGCUCUUCAGGAGUCUGCCCGGCUGCUCGACGUGCCCGUGGCGGAGGGAGACCUGGCCCAGCGAGUGGCCAGGCUGGACGACAUCAUGGUCAACCAGAAUGAGGUACGUGACGGUCUACUCUACCAGAAGGCCUCCUUCGAGAUCCUCCACUUGGCCCAGCAGAUGGAAUUCAGGAAGUGGAGGGCGUGCCGGAAUCGUCUCUCCGAUGCGAGCGGCGAGCUCGUCAAGGAAAGUGACGUCACGUCCCUGAGGUGCGAGGUUCUGGCGCAUCCCGAGCUGGCGUUGAACCUGAGGCCAAAUCCGCUCAUCGGCAGUAACGAUGCCACGUUCAGCAGACUUCUGCAGAUCCUGGACCGUGAUUCAUCCCACGGGAGGGCGGAACCUUUUCAGACUUACGAGGAACUGAACCAGGCCGCUCGCCGCCUGGCGGACGACCUCCUGGUAUCCCGCAAGGCGCUGGCGGCGGCCGGCAGGGAGCGCUAUCGCACGCUGGCUCAACUCCAAGGCCACUGCAAGGCUCUUCAAGGGGUCACCUCGGCAGAGUUCCAGCAGCUGGUCUCGGGGCCCAAGGGAUGUCCGGCAGCCGUCGGUGACCAGGAGCUGCUUUGGCCCAAUGCACAGGAGUUGACGGGAAAUCUGGCGGGGGCGCAGUCGCUGCUGCAGCGUUUACAAAGCGCCACGCAGGAACUGGUCAGCGAGGUCAACGCGAAGCGGUCCCUGCUGCAGCGCAGUCCCGUCCUCCGGCGGGAGAGGCAGCUCUAUAUCUUCUUCCACUCGGACGCGAGUCUCUUGCGGAAAGCCGUGGAGGACGAAGCUCGCAAGGGCGCGGCGUAGUUUGCCAACGAACGCGCGGCUCAUCUCGGGUGUUCGCGUGCUUGUUCCAGGACAUUCUGAGCAAAUAUUGUAUGUUUACGCCAAUGCUCAGCCACUGUUUUUAACUUGAAGCCAAUGGAGACGAUUGUGAUUCUGUUGGAGUUGUCGUUUGUAAACGUCAAAAUCCCAAAUUGUCAUCAUUGCAUUUGGGACGAAAGCGGUUUUACCCGCGUCGUCCCGAUUCCGCGUAGUAAAAUGAAGACAUUUCAAGAAUUGUCGUUUUCGCGGGUUUCAAUUGGGCCCGAGAAUUCCGACUUGUUUAAAACAGUACUGACGUAUUUGAAUCGCUGCAUUUAAAAAUUGACGACGACAACAACAACAAAAAGUUUCAUAGCAUGUCAGAGGAGUAAAAGUGUGUGUAGGUACAGUUGAAAACAUAAGUUAUAGUGCAAAAACAGUUCUUUUUUUUUGUCAGUCUAUAAACAAAUCUGCCCAAACCUCGCCCGUUUGAGGUUCACCAAAAUUAUUAAGUUUGGUUUCAUGCAGUUUUUGAGGAGUGCACGUAUUGUGUGUGUGUGUGUGUGUAGUGCGGCAUUUCCCAGGCACAUUUGAACAUGUUUCUUUCUUUAAGGAAAAAAGUAGAGAUUCUCCUUCAUCCUAUUUGAAUCUCGUAUCCUAAAAAUGUUGGGACGUUACAGUGAAAUCCUGCAACUUGUAAAGAUGCCACAAGAUGGCGCCAAAGUACUGAAAACCGUAAUUGGCAAUCUCCAUCGAGGCGAGCAUCUUUAUGUUUGUAUGUUUUUUUUUUUGGGGGGGGGGUUAGUUUUCCCUAGUUAGAUUGGCUGUAGAGUCUUUGCCACCUGUACAAGGUAAAUCAUUUUCUGUAAUUGUUUAUUUUUAAGGGUAAUGUUAGAGAAUUGUUCAAUAUUUAGUAUUUGAGGAUCAUAGUUUGUUUAGACUUUAAAGGUAGGUUAUUAUCAAUAAUAUUGGCGGGGUGAGUGUCAAUUACGUUCUGUCUGGUCUCACCAUGUAUCCUCCAUUUACUUUCCACUGAAAUGCCAAACUUGUCUCAAUUUACACGUUUUGCGUGCUAUUUACUUGCGAGGUUUAUUUCAUUUCUUAAUUCAUGAGGACCGUAACUGGAAAACCUCCAUGUGUUUGAAAAAAAAUGUAUUGUUGUAUUGGUAUUGUUUGUGGUUACAUAAAUAAAAAUGAG